ACUACAUUUUGUUAUAACUGGGUUGUUCUUUUUCCCAUAUGAUGAAUACAUAAUAUGCAAAACACCGGUAUAAUUGUUUUUGUCAUUUCCUAACUACUAAUGCUGUUAAAUAGCCUAUGAUCGUAUUAAGGCCAUCUGCUCGAAGUCGAACCAUGUCGGAGGCCCUCCUCAUAUCGGUGAUACAGAAGCUGAACAGUAGUUAUAUAGAGUACAUGACAGUGAUGACAUCAAAUCAUUUUAUUGAUUGGGUAAUUAAAGAGGUGAGAGAGAUUGCGGAUAUUGUGAGGGAUAAGAAAUUAGAAGACGGGAGAAGACUAAAUUUUUUGGUAUCUGACAUUGUCAGCAUGGCUGAGCAUGCCCUCGACCUUUAUAAACAAGAUGGAACCAAUUAUACUGCUUCCUUCCGACCUUGGAUAGAACUGAUCAAACAGCAGAUGCUUAAACUGGGAGAUGAUGAGGCAGAGAUGGAGUCCAACAUGAGAUCACCUGAAAAUGUUGAAGAUGACAUGAAAUAUGUGGUGGGAUUGGAGGAAGAUGUGCAAAUGCUGCUUCGCAAAAGGAUUAUUGGUGGGUACCAUAUGACUGUUCUUAUCACAGGCAUGUCUGGUAUUGGAAAGACAACUCUUGCCAGAGAGAUAUACAACCAUCCAACCGUCAUUGAGCGAUUCAAGCGCCGUGUCUGGGUAUCUAAUUAUUUUACUCACUUCACUAAUAAAGAGCUACUUAUCAAAGUAAUACAACAGGUAGAAGAUCCUCAGAAUCUCCAUUCAUCUUCCUUAUUGGAGAAUAUGGACAACCGAAGCCUCCUAGAUAUGCUUUCCCAACACCUGCAAGGAAAGCGAUAUCUUAUAGUUCUUGACGAUGUGCCCAGAAAUAUGUACUUUAAUCCUUUGUUGAGAGCUCUUCAAAAAGAAGACAAUGGAAGUAGAUUGCUGCUCACAAGUCACACGAGGAAUACCGGCAUAUAUACACGCGACGAAGAUGUUCAUAAGAUGAAACCUUUGGAUUCUAAAAAGAGCUGGCAGUUGUUUUUGAAAACAAUAAACCAUGGCAAUAAAUUGACGGGUGAGCAUAAAUUCCCAAAGUCCUUGGAGCCUAAGGGAAAACAAAUGUUGAGAAAAUGUGACGGCCUGCCAUUAGCUAUAAAAGAGGUGGGAAAGCAGUUAGUGGAAAAGAAACUCUCAGGGGGGAGUGAAUGGGAACAACUUCUUGAAUCAGUUGAUUUUGGUUCAACAUUGAAGUUAUUGGAACCAUUUUAUCAUAAAUUGGAUCCCGCACUGGAGUCAUGUUUCCUGUAUAUGUCUUUCUUUAAGGAAAAUACAACUUUGAGGGCAGAAAAGUUGACACAGAUAUGGAUUGCAGGAGGAGUGGUUUCAGGUUAUUGUGGAUCAUAUUUAGAUGGUUUAAUCAAUGAAUCUGUUAUUGAUGUCAAGGACAAGAGCACAAAGUACCGCAUGAAUGCUUUGCUACACAUGUUAUCCAUCCAAAAAGCAGAGGAUAAACUAGGCUUUGAGAUCCUAAGGAAAAAUGGAAAUAAUCGAUCCUUUCCGAGUCCUCGUCUUCAUCGUGUUAUUAUUUGUAGCAGAGACAAGUUCAACUACUCCACGGAUCAAGAUAAACAUCUUCUUUCUCUCUUCUUCCAUGGAGGUGGCUACUUCGACACUAGUCCAUCUUACUGGAACAGUUUUGAAGAACUUAACAUUCUUGACUUGGAAGAUUUUGGGCUGAAGAAUUUACCUGAAAGUAUCAGCACAUUGAUCGAAUUAAAAUACUUGGGAUUGAGAAACAAUUACAUAGAAGAGCUCCCAGACUUGUUGGGGUGCCUAAAAAACCUUGAGGUUCUUGACAUAUCUCAAAACUUUAUGGUGGAGGUGCCUAAUGUAAUAUGGAGAUUGCGUAGCCUUCGCCACCUCUACAUGUCUGAUAUGGUUUGUCGGAAGUCUUUGUGGUUUGACAUACUGGAGAAUCUGGAGACCUUAACCUACGUCUCAGUUGCUAAUUGGACAUAUGAGCUCUUGGGCUUAAAUAUGUUGACUUCUCUUAAGAAACUGGGCAUAGAAGAAUUGGAUGGAAACUCAAAUGUAAGCAAGCUCUUUGUGUCAUUGGCUGACUUGAAGAAUCUUAAACACCUAAUCUUAAGAGGGUAUCGUUUCAGAAGCAUGCCUAGUUUGGAGGAGAUUGGUAUUCUACAGAGUCUUGAAUCACUCAAAUUGGAUGGACUUCUUGCGAGGUUACCAACUAAUCUCCCUCCAAAUAUUACAUCAUUGACAUUGAUUGAUAGUUGUCUUGAUGAGGACCCCAUGGCACUACUAGCGGGGAAGCUACCAAAGCUAGAGUACCUCAAAUUGCGGAACGCAUACACUGGUCAACAAAUGGUGAUCUUGCGCAAUGGCUUCCAAAGGCUCCAAGUCAUGUGCAUUGAAGAGUUGUGGAAUCUAAGAAAUCUACAAAGUGAUGCAUUAACGUUUUGGUUCAAGAAAUUAGAAAUUCACGAUUGUCCAAAUCUGACCCUCCCGGAGAAUAUUUUGUCGAUGAGUUAUCUGAAUGAGUUAAAUAUGGUGACAACCAAAAGCAUUGCAACAAAGAUGAGGAAUUCAGACUUAAUCUCCAAAAUACCGGUCGUGAAUAUCAAUCCAUGAGCUCGCGCAGUUGUCUACAUUUUCUUCCUUUUUCCCCUUUGGUGGUUGUGUACUGUUUUUAAAUGACAUUUAUUUGCGACAAUUGUGGUUUCUUCAUAUCUUGUUUGUACUCUGUUUCUCCCUCGUUGUUGGGAUAUGUUUUUUCGUUGCUCAAGUUACUGCAGACAAUAUUACUCUCG